UCCGGCAGCGCGCGUUAGUCAUGUCAGAUUCAGAUGAGGCGACUUGGGGUGUUCUGCCGCGCCUCGGUACCGCUGCCGCAUAGGUGGGUCAGCUACACGUGACCAAGCGCAAACACAGACUCAUUGAGCCCGAUCACGCCAUCGGCUCAGAGGAUGACGCCUUGCGCACCAUCACAACACGAUGCAUGGGACCCUUACGCGCGCGGCCAGAAUCAGUCUGGUUGACUCAAGACUGCGCGCGCGAUUGUGUGGAACGGUGAUGCUACUCAUCAGACUCACGACUCAUGCGAACAACUUUGACGUACAGUUCAUUCAGCAACCCUCCCUCUGGCGCUUAAGGCCGUACGCUCGACGUGAGUUAAGUACGCGCAGAGGCCAUCGUGAGGUGCUCACGGCCGGUCUCUUUGCGGGCGCACUUCGGAACAACUCACUGCGCUGCGAUGCCCUGCCCUACCUGCGGACUUUGUGGCUGCUCCGACAAAUUCUUUUUGGUUGCGGCAGCACUUGACCGCGUGCACUGAUGCGCAUGCAUGGCACCAGUCACGGUCAGCAG